AGGGGAGUGAAAGUCCAUGAGAGUGCCGGUGUCCCAUUGCUUACCAACCACUUAUAUUUAUAUUUAAUAUUCCGACAUGGGAAUUGCUCGCCAGAACGUCGCAACCACCGCCUCCAGGUUUCCGGCUACGUCCCAAAUCCCGAUUUCUGGCGAUGGCCUCAGCGUUCCAAACAACACUGCCUCCUGCUCUGGAUUCCACAUCUGAACCACCUUCUAUUUUUGAUGGAACCACGAGAUUGUACAUAUCUUAUGUUUGCCCCUAUGCACAGCGUGUCUGGAUUGCUAGAAACUACAAGGGAUUGCAGGACACAAUCAAGCUGGUUCCAAUUGAUCUUCAGAAUAGGCCUGCCUGGUACAAAGAAAAGGUGUAUCCAACAAAUAAGGUACCUGCACUAGAGCAUAAUAAUAAAGUCUCUGGGGAGAGUUUAGAUUUGUUGAAGUAUAUUGAAGCCCAUUUUGAAGGACCUGAAAUUCUUCCUGCGGACUCAGCCAAAGAAGUAUUUGCUGAAGAGUUGCUUGCUUAUACUGAUGCUUGCAAUAAGACUGUGUAUGCAUCCUUUUCCAGUACUGGAGACUGGAAGAAGGAUGUUGAUCCUGUUUUUGAUUACUUGGAGAAUGCUCUUUCGAGGUUCGAUGAUGGCCCAUUUUUCCUUGGAAGAUUUAGCCUGGUUGAUAUAGCAUAUGCGCCAUUCAUUGAAAGGUUCCAUCUGGUUUUCUCCAACAUAAAGAACUAUGAUAUCACUGAAGGAAGGCCUAAGCUGGCGUUGUGGAUUGAGGAGUUGAACAAGAUAGAUGCCUAUAAGCAGACCAAACAAGAUCCAGAAGAGCUGUUGCAUGUCCUUAGGACUCGUUUUGGGGCAAAAUGAGCUUAGGUUAUGGAAGUUGGUGGUUGGAGAAAUGCUCUAUAUACGGAGAGGAAAUGAUAUUGGAGCUUAGAAACCUGUAGCCAUAAUCUUUGCUACUUUAUACUUUAUGGUUGACGUCUUGGUGCCACUCUGGUGCUUACUGGACUUGAAUAAAAGAAAUAAAUUAGCAGAACAACAAUACCAUCUGAACCAUUGUAGCCUUGGAGAACUUUGUGGAUUUAACGAGUUUUACUUGGUUGAA